UAUUACAGCUUAUUUAACUGCGUAUGUGUGCAUGGAUCAGCACAUUAUGGCGUUGGCCAUAACGCUUGUCAAUCUGAGAGAUUGUUCUCCUAUUUUAUUUUCAUCGUAAAAGCUACCGAUCUUUCUAGAAUCGUUGCAACACGGUUGCAUUGACAAAUAAAAUGUUGUUUUGCUGUGUAUGAUAUCGAUCAUUCCAGUGAUCAAUUUACCAUUACCUGCUGCUUUCCAUCUCAGUUUUAUUCCUCCGUGCUGCGCGAUUAAAGUUAUACGCAGUUAAGGACUAUCAGUCGUACUUUCACCUUCCGUCAGCACAGUACGAGUUUAUUACGCAGUCAUAUACGGCACUGGCCCGUGUUAUGUUUUAUGAAUUCGUGAACCCGUGGUCAGUUUGAGUCCAGUUUGGUGUUUAAAGAGUCCACAUUUUUCGUAUGAUCCGACUACUAAUAUUCCUGCGAAGUCCACGCAACACCGACGGUACUUGCUAAGUACAAAUUCCGACAACCACUCUGAAACUUGUCGAGGAACCGGCUGUUCGACUGGGCUAUCGCGGAUGAACAAGCAAACCGCCACCGCGGAUAAGCCGUUGCGGCGAAACUGAUAUCAGCAAAAUUGUCAAGGGGUCUACGCUUCCCCGUAUGUACGAUUCGAUCGCAAGGCAAAACGAACGGCAGCAGUCUUAGCCGUCAGAUACUGCGUAUGCGCGGCAUAAGAAACCCGGUUUUCCUGUUGAAGCAUCUCUUGGCGGUUAUAAAAGAAAUCAAUCAACACAACGCAUCGUUUUUUCUCCUAAACUGUGCAUUUUAAAAGCUGAUAGAUUUUUCCCUUUCUGCGCUUGCCGAACGCCGACAGCAAUGCCGUUUGUGCGGGCGUUAACGUCCGUGGUUAUGGUGUUACUAUUGGGCGUGCUGAUCAUGCCCUGGAUGAGCGAUGGCCAACCCAGCGCCGGUGAUUAUCGCGUCAGGAAAGAGAGACCAGUAAUCAACACCACCCGGCACUCGGUGAUCUUGACCAGCACCGCCCACUUGGCCGAAAAGGCAAUACUGAAGCUGCUUUUCGCUCGCUGGAAGAGUGUGCUUGCGGAACAAUUCGUGCGAAAAGCCAUCGACAUCCAGUUCGUGACGACCGAAGAGACAGCGGACAAGCAGCGGAUCUUCCACUACGCGGUGGCCUUCACCACCAACGCCACCAGGGCCCCCCACGUUGAAAAAGGGGCAGUAGUACAGGCAAUGAAUGACGCGCUGCAGCAGCAUCCCAUCCCGGGGGUCAGCGUGCAUGUUAACGCGCCGGUGGCGGGACUGUCCACAACCCCUUCCGGGCGUCGCAGUAUUGUUCCAACAUCUCGUUCAAGGUGACCGUGCUGUCCGCAGAUACUGGCCAAAUAACUAGCUUCGAUCGGGUUUUAAAUAGUUUAUUUGUUUUUUUAAUCAGCUUAAUGUUUACGACAAUCAGGGAUGUCCUGCACGGCAUGUGGCAGUUUUCCGGCGCAGUGAAUACGAAGAAGGUUGACGAACUU